AUGCUGUGUCAGCAUGUUCGCCAAUUUGGUCAGAAGCUGGUCCGCAGGCGGCCCCUGGAGACCAGGGGAGGGUCUGAGAGCCACUUGGCCCGUUGUCUGAGCACUCUGGAUCUGGUGGCCUUGGGUGUGGGCAGCACCCUGGGAGCAGGAGUGUACAUCCUGGCUGGUGCAGUGGCCAAGGACAAAGCUGGACCGGCGAUUGUCAUCUGCUUCUUGGUGGCCGCCCUGACUUCUGUGUUGUCUGGGCUCUGCUAUGCGGAGUUUGGGGCCCGGGUACCAUGCUCUGGUUCUUCCUAUCUCUACAGCUACGUCACAGUGGGACAACUGUGUGCCUUCAUCACUGGAUGGACCCUCAUACUCUCCUAUGUCAUUGGGAGUGCCAGUGUGGCCAGGGCCUGGAGCUCCGCCAUUGACAGCGUGACUGGGAACCACAUCUCACGGGUCUUGCAGAGGAGUUUCUCUCUGCAUGUGCCUCACCUGACCCAGUACCCAGACUUUUUCUCGCUGGGCCUGGUGCUGCUGCUCACUGGUCUACUGGUCCUGGGAGCUAGUGAGUCGGCCCUGGUUACCAAGAUAUUCACGGGCAUGAACCUUUUGGUUCUCAGCUUCGUCUUCCUCUCUGGCAUCAUUAAGGGCGAUGUGCACCACUGGCAGCUCACGCAGCAGGAUUAUGAAAUGGCCAAAUCUGGAUCCAAUGAUACCUAUAGCUUGGGCCCUCUGGGCUCUGGAGGGUUUGUGCCUUUUGGCUUUGAUGGGGUUCUUCGCGGAGCAGCUACGUGUUUCUAUGCAUUUGUUGGUUUUGACUGCAUUGCCACCGCAGGGGAAGAAGCCCGCAAUCCUCAGCGUUCCAUCCCCUUGGGCAUUGUCAUCUCACUCUUCAUCUGCUUUUUGGCAUAUUUUGGUGUCUCAGCGGCACUCACCCUUAUGGUUCCCUACUAUCAGAUUCAUUCUGACAGCCCCUUGCCACAGGCUUUUCUCUAUGUUGGAUGGGGCCCUGCCAGAUACGUCGUGGCUGCUGGCACCCUCUGUGCUCUUUCAUCCAGCCUCCUGGGUGCCAUGUUCCCCCUGCCUCGAGUGAUCUACACCAUGGCAGAGGAUGGCCUUCUAUUCCGGGGACUUGCCCAGGUCCACCCUCGCACACGCACCCCUAUCAUAGCCACUAUAGUUUCUGGGACUCUUGCAGCAUUGAUGGCACUCUUCUUCGAGCUCAGUGAUCUUGUGGACCUCAUGUCAAUUGGGACCCUGCUUGCCUACUCCCUGGUGGCCUUUUCUGUGCUUGUCCUCAGGUACCAGCCAGAUCAGAAUUUAAGCAAGGAUGAGAAAACAGAGGUGGAAAUAACUGAGGCAAAGCCUGAAUGUGAAGCAAGUUCUUUGGCAUCUGUACCUGAAGCAGGAAGCUCCAAGACUCUAAAGAGUCUGUGUAACCCGAUCAACACCAUUCCCACCCAGAAAUCCGGCCAGACCGUCUAUAGAUGUGCCUUCCUGCUUGCUCUUCUGCUGACAAUCCUGUGCCUGAUACUGGCCCAAUGGCCCAGCCAUCUGUUCUCUGGAGACCCAUUGUACACAACAUCAGCUGGGCUGCUGCUUCUGCUUAUUUUGGGGAUCACUUUCAUCAUUUGGAGACAGCCCCAGGACCCAACUCCUUUUCACUUCAAGGUCCCUGCUUUGCCUGUCUUCCCACUGAUCAGCAUCUUUGUAAAUACUUAUUUAAUGAUGCAGAUGACUGCUAGGACCUGGGCCCAAUUUGGCAUCUGGAUGGCGAUUGGAUUUGCCAUAUACUUUGGAUAUGGGAUCCGACACAGCUUGGAGAAGACCAGUGAUCAAUAG